AUGUCACCAGCACCAACGGUACUUGUACUUGGCGGCUUAGGCUUUAUAGGCCGCAACUUUGUUCCCUAUCUUUAUGAGAAUAAGCUCGCUUCGGAAAUAAGAGUAGUUGACAAGUCGUUACUUUUAACGGCUAAUUUGAACCCUAGACAAAGAGAGGCGUUUGAAAAUGUAGAAGUUAAGCAAAAGGACCUGGUUGAUCCUGCUUCCAUCAAAGAAGUUUUUACUCGGGAAGAUGAGAGUUCAUAUGAUUAUGUGUUUAAUUUAGCUGCCGAAACAAAAUAUUCACAAAAUGAAAGAGUUUAUGAAGAACGUGUCUAUUUAUUAUCAGUUCGUAAUGCUGAAGAGGCUGCUAGACGAAGAGUCAAAUGCUUUGUAGAAUUGUCGACAGCAGAAAUUUAUCAAAGCGAUAAAAAUCCCAGCAAAGAAGACGAGAAAAUUAAACCGUGGACUAUUAUGGCCAAAUAUAAAUAUAAAGCCGAAGAAAAAUUGAAGACGAUCGAAGGUCUUAACCUGGUCAUUUUGCGACCGGCUGUUAUUUAUGGAACAGGUGCAAUAAUGGGAUUAGUCCCUCGUAUUGUAUGUGGUAGAAUUUAUCAAUAUACCAAAGAGGAAAUGAAAUUUUUGUGGGCCAAAGAUCUAAAGAUUAAUACAGUCCACAUAACGGAUGCUGUUCGCGCAAUGUGGCAUACUGCUACCUGGUAUGAGGAGAAUCAGAUAGCUGGUAAAAGAGUUUUGAUUUAUAACUUGGCUGAUCAAGGCAAUACAGAUCAAGAGAAAAUUAACAAACACAUAAGUAAUAUCUUCAACAUACAAACUGGAUUUCAUGGAACAAUCACUUCUAACCUUGCCCAAUUGAAUCUUGAUAAUGCCACUGAUGAAAUUAAUGACAAACAUAUGCGUCCUUGGGUAACUCUCUUGAGGACUAAUAAAAUUAAGAAUACUCCAUUAAGUCCUUAUUUGGAUAAAGAAUUAUUAUAUAACAAUGCAUUGUCCGUUGACGGUACUAAAAUUACCAAAGAAACAGGGUUUGAAUAUGAAGUACCUCAGAUUACAGAUGAAAAAAUUCAAGAAAUGAUAGAUGAUUUUAUUGUAUUGAAUUUGUGGCCCAUUAAUGAUGAUUAA